GACACAUGACAACCCCGAUGCUUCAUAGAGCACGCGUGGCCUGCCCUCUCUUCUCUUCUCGAGCUCGACCGCAAGCUUCAGCAACGGUUGGCGCGCCAUGUCGCAGUCAGACAUCUCCAAGUAUCUGCAGCAGACGCACGACCGCGUCUUCGAGCACAACCGUGCUUGGGCCGAGGAGCAGAGGAAGCGGGAUCCCGACUUCUUCACCAAGCUAUCCGCCGGCCAGACUCCCGAAUACCUAUGGAUCGGGUGCAGCGACUCGCGCAUCCCCGCCGAGCAGAUCACGGGCCUGGGGCCGGGCGAGGCCUUCAUCCACCGUAACAUCGCCAACCUGGUCGUCAACACCGAUCUCAACGUCAUGAGCGUCAUCAACUACGCCGUUCGCCACCUGCAGGUCAAGCAUAUCGUCGUGUGCGGGCACUACGGCUGCGGCGGCGUCAAGGCCGCCAUGACGCCGAAGGACCUGGGACUGCUCAACCCGUGGCUGAGGAACAUCCGAGACGUCUAUCGGCUGCACGAGGCCGAGUUGGACGCCAUCAAGGACGAGCAUGAGCGUUAUAACCGCCUGGUAGAGGUUAGCGUCAUCGAGCAGUGCCGAAAUGUCAUUAAGACUGCGGCGGUACAGCAAUCCUACGCUAAAAACCAGUUCCCCAUUGUCCACGGAUGGGUGUUCGGAUUCGAAGAUGGUUUGCUCAAGGAUUUGAAGGUGGACCACGAGGCCAUGUUGCACAGCAUUCAAAAGAUCUACAACCUCACGGAAUGAUGGGAGCCUCUGCCCUCUAGGAAGGAUGAACGAAUUUCAUGUAUUAUCUGCAUUGGCCGCAUCCGACCUUGUUCAAAAAUAUUUUCAUCCUAAUUUGCUGCUUGAUGUAAUUAGGUAUAGAAGAGUCCAUGGGGUCUCAUGACGAUCGAAGUAAUUCAUCUAGAGGUGGCAUGGCCAAACUCAUCUCAUAAUUCCAACGCCUCUCCUCCAUAUGCAUUUAUGAUA